AUGUCGGGCAGCAAGAAGACCGUCCUAAUGAUUGGUGGGACAGGAGCGCAAGGUGCAGCUGUGGUGAAAGCCCUCUCUGAUGACUCCGCAUACGAAAUCCGCGUUCUCACACGUUCCGCGGCAUCCCCCGCGGCUGCCGAGCUCGCCGCCCUGCCUGAUGUGACAAUCAUGGAAGGGAAUCCCUACGAAGAGGCCACGCUGCAGCACGCCUUCGAUGCUGUCGAACUUGCCUGGGUCAACACCAAUGGCUUCGCCAUCGGGGAGAAGAACGAGAUCUACUGGGGCAUACGUAUGUACGAAAUUGCACGCAGCAGUGGCGUGUCGCACUUUCAGUGGGCAUCGCUGCCGUACGUGUCGAAGCUGGGCGACUUCGACCCCAAAUACCGCACAGGGCACAUGGACGGCAAGGGCAAGGUCGCUGACUACAUCAGCGCGCAGCCGACGAGCCCCAUGAAGUGGACCAUACUGACGAGCUGCAUGUACAUGGAGACGCUGACAGAGCUGCUGGCGCCACGGCAGAGUCCCGACGAUCCCGACCUGACGGUGUUCGCGGCGCCACUGGGGAACGGGCGGCCGCCGCUGAUCUACCUUGCAGACCUCGGGAUGUACGCACGCUGGGUGUUUGACAACCCAGGCCGCAGCAAUGGAAUGAAUCUAAUGGUCGCGACGGAGAGCAUCGGCUGGGAGUGCCUGGCCAAGACGUUCACAGAAGUGACGGGAAAGAAAGCUAUCUACAAAGAUAUUUCGCUGGACGAACUAUUUACAUCUGGUGCUUUUCCGUUCCCGGAUAGGAAAGUAGGACAUAGUGUCUCCCUGGAGGACCCCACCUUGCAAUCAUAUAGGCAGAACUUUUCCGGUUUCUGGAACAGUUGGAAGGCGGACCUAGUAAAGGUGGACUACCCAGUGCUAGACGAUAUCCUACCAACGAGGAUAAAAACACUAAGUGAGUGGAUGAAGUUGGUAGGGUACACAGGAGAGAGACACCCAGUGUUGAAAGAUUAUCGGGAUCACGCCAAAAAACGUCAGCAAGGAUUCGCAGAGAUGAAAUUGAACUCUUAG